UUUCCCUGUCCCUCUCUGAUUACCUUUCUCCUGACUCACUAAUCCACCCCUCACAACUCAUUACUCUAACUCUCUACUCUCCCUCCCAAACCCCACUUUCUUUCUUAUCUCUUUUGAUGCAUUCCUUUCCCUCCUCCUUCGUAUCACUAAUCAAUCAGCACGCCCCAGUUCCUAGAGUUUCCUUCUCUGUUCUUUUUUAUUCCCGUAGAAUUCUUGCUUCUUUGUUUCAUUCCUCAUCCCAGACUUUUUGAUUCUGGGUAUCGCUGUGCUCGUCUCACGUCUCACCCUCCCUAAGCAGAAAAUAAUUAGUUCUGGUUUAGUUGUCUUGUUCUCCAAAGAUGGAUCUUUUUCGACACCCAUCAAAGGUUGCUUCGAUUGUGUUCAUGUCCAUGGGGUUUAUAUCCAUUCUGGUUUUGUUGAAAGUGGCUAUAAUCCCUUGUGUUUUUGAUCUCCUUCUAUCAACUUUUCCGAGUCUUUUGGUUUCUGCAAAAACCUCCCUUUCCCCUGUUUUCGUGUUCCUCAUCGUCAACCUCCUCCUCCUCAUCAUCAUCAAAACUGUCCCUUUUUACGAUCCCCCACCCGCCGAUCCUAAGCACACAACGACCGUCUCCGCCGCCGACGAUGUCAUGACUGAAUCUGAUUAUGUCGUUCCAGACUUGAUCCCAGACCACCCACCCGAGCCUGAAAGCCGGAGCAAUGACCCCGAGGAAGAAGAAAAAACAGUACUUGACGACCCUGCUUCCUCCUGCCGCAAAUCCUGCGCCGACCCACCACCGGAAAAAUGUGCCAACGACUAUGCGACGCCGGACGCCGAUGACACGCUAGAUGCCACGUGGAAGGCUAUCAUGAAGGGGCAGGAGAAGACGAAGGUGCCGCAGCUGAAGAAGAGCGACAUUUGCGGUGCGAGGAUUGAGAAAGCAGAGCCGUUUCGGGACAAUGAAGAUGGAGAAGACGACCCAGUGGCUUGGGCUCGCAAAGAAGUGACAAAAUCUGAAACUUUCAACGACGCGGCGUCGCUUCGGAGGGACAUAUCCAUGACUUCCGAAGAGGUUAAUGUGCGAGCCGAAGCUUUUAUUCAAAACUUCCUCAACCAAAUGAGACUACAGAGGCUGGAAUCGGAUCAGCGUUCCCUGGGAAUUGGUCAAUCGCCGGUGCUUAAACAUCGCUUUCACCAACCCCUGAAAUAUUUGAGCUGAAUGAGAAUCUUCACUCUUAGCAAGCACGUUAAGAUUGGAAUGUACAAAAAAUACAAUGGAGUAUCAGAAAUAGUAGUGCAGUUUCUUUUCCUUGUGAAGCUUUUUUUCCUGUAAGAUAGUGGGAAUAAGUUGGCUUCUCAUUAGUCUUUUUGUGGAUAUGUUUGUUGUAGAUGUUGCUUUAUUGGCAGCUAUUCAGUCUCUAGUAUGGUGUGUUUGGUGUUAUAUAUAUGGGAUGUUGUGGUUUGAAUAAAGCAGCAAUGGAUGGAAGAAGAUUACUUGUAAUGUGCAAUUAAGCAAUCAGAGCUUGUCAUGAUGUGAUUUGGCCA